UUGACCUGAUCGUUAUCUGUCAUUUUGUGUUUAUGUAGUCUUAGAUUGAAUAUAUUUAGGUUAAUUAAUAUUAUGUUUCAUAGUAAGUGUGGAGAAAAUAUUAAAUUAAGCAACGAUAACAAAACCGCCACUAGAAAUUCCGCAGAGUUUAAUUAUGGCUUAGCCCUUGUAUUUAGUAGUGAACCAUUACUGGAUGAUGAAUUGUUUGAAGUAAGGAUUGACAAGAAGAUAUAUUCCUGGAAUGGCAGCUUGGAGAUAGGGGUGACUUGUUGCAACCCUGAGACUGUGUCUUUGCCUGCAAGUGCCAUUGAUCUUCGGAACAACACUUGGGUGCUGUCCGGUGAUUCUGUCCUGAAAGAUGGAGUUCCCAGCGUCGAGGUUUACGGCCUUGACCUGGACAAAGCUAUGGAGGGCGACAGAAUCGGAGUCAUGCGAACAUCACAGGGAGAGCUGAUUUUUUAUAUAAAUGGAGUGUCAUAUGGUGUAGCGGCAGAAUAUGUCCCUCCGAACGUGUUUGCUGUUGUCGAUGUUUAUGGAGAGAUUGCUCAAGUUACCGUUACCAGUGGAAUGAGACCUCUGGAGAUGGAGGACGAGGCAGUUCUGACGAGCUUGGUCGCCAACUUGGAUGUGGAGAUGAGCGUACCAGAAGACCUGUCACUGGAGCCUGCAGAGAGGCUACACUUCCACUCUCGCACAGGGUCCCUGGUCAAGCUGUCUUUUAAUGCCAGGACAGCCGAGCGACUGCGGCCGCUGGACGAGUUCAACAACGGAGUUGUCAUGACACAUCGGCCAUUACAAGACGAACAGCUGUUUGAGAUCCGCAUAGACAGAUUGGUGGAGAAGUGGUCAGGCAGUAUAGAAGUAGGGGUCACAGCACACAAUCCGAACAGCCUUGACUUUCCUGCCACUAUGACCAACAUGCGAACAGGCACCAUAAUGAUGUCAGGAUGUGGAAUCUUAACCAAUGGAAAAGGCACAAGAAGAGAAUAUGGUGAAUUUAAUCUUGAUGAACUCCGGGUUGGAGAUCGUAUUGGGAUGAUGCGCAAGUCCAACGGCAAUCUGCACUUGUAUAUAAACGGACUAGAUCAAGGUGUAGCGGCCACCAAAGUUCCUACAUUGGUCUGGGGCGUAGUCGACCUCUACGGGAUGACAGUGAAGGUGACCAUAGUCGAUCGAGAUGAGAGAGAAGAACACAAUCUUAUAACCAGGAGGAACACAGCACUGAGAGAACACACUCUUAAUGAUAUGCCAGAAGAAGACGCUGUAGACCGACUUAUGUUCCACACUAAGUGUGGAGGACAUGCAGCUGUCAUCAACAACAGUAGAACUGCGCACAGGCCAAAUGCAAUGGAUGAUUUCAACAAUGGUGUAGUGUUAACGCAUCGUCCGCUCAAACCAGACGAGUUGUUUGAGGUUAGGUUGGACAAGAUGGUGACCAAGUGGGCCGGCUCUAUAGAGAUCGGAGUCACCACCCACUCGCCUACAGAGCUGGAGUACCCUUCCACUAUGACCAAUGUCAGAUCUGGUACAUGGAUGAUGACAGGCAAUGGAGUAAUGCACAACGGCACAACAAUCAUUGACGAGUACGGGCAAAAUCUGGACAGGUUACAGGUGGGAGACAGAGUAGGUGUAGUGCUAAGAGAGAGUGGCACUCUACAUUUCCUAGUGAACGGUGUGGACCAAGGGGAGGCGGCCACUAACAUCCCUCCGCGGGUGUACGGGGUCAUCGACCUGUACGGACAGGCAGCUCAGGCCACCAUAGUGGACUACAACUGUGUGUGUUGUCUAAACAGUCCUGACACUCCUGUAACCAGCCUCACGUCCCGCAACAGACAGACACACGCGGACCUCCAUUUCCACCAUGUUCACGGUCGAAACGCUAGAGUUUCCAACGGAGGAAGGACAGCCUCGCGACCUCGAGCACUUGGGGAGUUCAACGAUGCCAUCGUGAUGAGCAAUCGAGCACUCAACGAGGACGAGAUGUUCGCUGUUGUCAUUGAGAAGAUUGUUGACAGAUGGUCUGGCUCUAUAGAGGCUGGAGUGACUGCCAUCAGACCAGAAGACCUAGAACUGCCUGGGACAAUGACUGAUCUGGACCAUGACACUUGGAUGCUUUCUGGUUCGUCAGUGAUGCAGAACGGAGUGACGUUGAAGCACAACUACGCCCUAGACCUGGACACUGUACAGACAGGUGCUGUGGUGGGGAUGAAGCGACACGUCGACGGAACACUUCACUACUACCUGGAUGGGGAAGACAAAGGAGAGGCUUGCUCUGGGUUGCCACCACAUGUUUACCCUGUCAUAGACCUGUACGGUCAGUGUGCUCAGGUAUCUAUCGUUAGCCCAAGUCAGCGACCACCAGAACCACCCAGCAAUGAGAACAGCUGCAGUCAGACUUUGUACAGUCACACUGAAGAGUUCCUAGCUCAGACUGCACUGCCUAAUCAACCUCCCCCUUCACAAGUUUUGCACAGGUUGAGUCCAUUCUGUGGCAAGAACAUAACGUUGGAGCCUUGUGGUUUGAUUCGUCGCAACAAGAACCAACCCAACAACGGCCUCGUGUUUACUGCAUUGCCUCUCGGGCUGGACGAUCUGUUUGAGGUUGCAAUAGAUCAGUGGGUUGGUCAGUGGGCUGGCAGUUUGGCUAUUGGAGUCACCUGUAUGUGUCCCAAUGAUAAACUCUCUCCCACCAUAGCCGGCAUCAAGGAGCCUACGUGGUAUAUUACAGGUGAUGAGGUGUACCACAAUAACAGAGUGAUCCGGUCACAUUUCUGUCGCUCACUGGCUUGGCUGAGGGCUGGAGCCAGGGUAGGCAUCAAGCGAUGUAGCGACGGAACACUGCAUCUCUACAUCAACGGACAAGACCAAGGCAUCGCUGCUCACAAUGUGCCUAAGUGGUGCUGUUAUGGCAUUGUGGACUGUUACGGAGGUGUUGUAGCUCUCAGAGUGACCAGUAAGGUGACAGGGUCUGUGGCCAAGGGAGAGGCUACUCUAGCGGAUCCGGAGGAGGAGCUCAGCUCUGCCUGUCCACCUUCCAAGAGGGAUGGACAAGAGUUGUCGGAAGAGUUGAAGAAGAUGGAAGACAGUUUAGGGAAGAGUCCACCCGAAUGUGAGGCAACAGCGGAAUACAGCUUGGAUGAUGUGGACUGGUUCCAACUACACGAGGUGCGUGGGCGUAAUGUCCAGUUGUCAUCUGGUCGUCUCACAGCCAAGAGAGUGGGCAGUUAUAAUCAAGGGGUUGUCCUCACCAACCGCGAGAUACUCAAAGGGCAGCUGUUCCAGGUUAGGAUAGAUGCUGUCAACCCCAGUUGGGUGUCUUCCCUGUGUAUUGGGUUGACAACACACCCUGUCAACAGCUGUUCUCUGCCUGUCACUGCCCUCGGACUGAAGGGUGACUCUUGGAUCAUCUGUAGUGACUUUGUCUUCCACAACGGACAAAAGAUAAAGACCAAGUUUGGGGCCAACCUGGACACCCUGGGAGUUGGAAGAAUGGUUGGAGUUUUGGUUGACUCAUCAGCACAGUUACAUCUGUAUGUAGAUGGAGUAGACCAAGGAGUAGCAGCCACUGGUAUACCACCUUGCUGUAGAGUGGUGCUAGAUAUAUACGGCAGAUGUGAGCAGGUGACAGUAGUUAAUCCAUACGAAGACAACGCUUCCGCCCCUAGCCUCCAUGAAGAAUUACAAGCAUCCAUCCAGCAAGAAAACUCCUUCGAGGAAGACAACAUAGAAGAAUGUAUAGAACAAGUGGAUUUCACAGCCCAUGAAAAAGCCGACCUUGAAAGUCACGAGAAGGAAAAAGAGUGCCUUGUUCUUGUCAUGGACGAAACGUCGAGGUCCAAGAUAGACAAGACGAACGAAAACAUCCAGUCUAGCAGCAUGGGACACACAACACCGAGUGAGGGCUCGCCACUCUCUGAUAUUGAAUUGGAUCCAAAGUCCAUUGCUUCUAAUGAAAAUCUGACAUUGCAACAGUUUGAACAGCAACAAAACGCAGAAAUCUCAAGGCACAUAGCACAAACCAACUGCGACCACAAGACUGGGUGUGAUCUGGCGAACACUUCGUACGUCAAGUCUCCGAUGACGAGUGGUCCGAUGAAGCCGUUGGUGUUGAGGUCGCUGGAGAACAGCCUUCACUCCAACAUCACUCCUCUCAUAUCCCCCUCCACUGGCAUCUCAGCACCUCUCAAACCCAACAUUGACUGUGAAUACUUCAACGAUUGCCUUAGACUGAAGGACACCUUGGGACUUCCAGGUGGUUUCUUCAGCAGAGACAUCCACGCGUCUUGCUACUGUGACAGUUGUCACUCUCAGUCGAGUCACCAGAGCAAAGGAGAUCCUCCAGCUUUGUACUCGAUCCCAUCCCAGUGGUCCAGACUGCCUCUGAGACGCAAGCAACGGACCACCGUAGAAAUCGACCAAUGGCACGUCGCCUUUGUAGGAACCUCACUGGGCGCUAUCCGUAGGAUACUGGACCUGGGCGAACUGUUGACUCCUGAACAACUGAGUCUCAACCAAGAGUGCAGUCAGAAGUCCAAGCACGACCACUCGGACACCAGACAACUAGUGCUCAGUCCCACCAUCAAGUAUGCAGCUUGUGCAGCCUUUACUCAGGUUGUUUUGUCUGUUAGUUAUGUAUGCCACUCAUGUUGUUCCUGAUAUUUCAGAACAACUGAGUCUCAACCAAGAGUGCAGUCAGAAGUCCAAGCACGACCACUCGGACACCAGACAACUAGU